UCAGUUGCAGCCUUUUUUUCUCUCCUACAGAAAGAGACCAGAGAGCUCCAGUCUCUCUGAAAUGAAUCUCGCUUUCUUUCUCUAACUUUGAGGUCUCGAAACCCUAGAAGUUUUACUCUUUUUGUUUUUUCUUUCACAUUCCGUUCAAUCCGAUUAAGCUCGGUGUUCUCUCUCAUUCAUUCCCACUGUCACUUGAAAUUCUAGCAGGUUACGCACAUGUCUGUCGAAUUCUCUCUCUGUUUCCCUGUUUAUUCUCUGGGAAAAAGCUACACUUUCUCCGUUUUCACACAUGCAUCGAAGAAUGAAUGAGUUUCAAAAGCACAUUGUGUGACUUGUUUGUUCCCCUAGAAAAGCCAUUUUGAAGUGGAUUUUCUCGGCCCAUUUAAGUGUUUAACAACAAAAAAGUUGCUCUUUCUUUCCUUACUUCCGAUAAUUUGCUACUUUUCUCCCUUUUGUUUUGGAGUGAUCAAGACUUUUAGUCACUUAGCUUCAUCACUUAUGGGUGGAAUGCUUGAUGGAGCAAGAACGGUUGUUAGUCACUUAGCUAUAGGAACAAGAAAAAGUGAUCUCUCUCUCUCUCUCUCCGAACGUUUUCACUGUUCUGCUUCUACGAGUCCUUUUUUAGUUGGAUUUAUUGGUUUUUCUUGUCUCUUUCUUUGAGAUUCAAGUGUUACAUCACUAACAAAUAUCAGCUUUUAUUUUGGAGACUCCUCAUUGAGGACGUUAGUUUUUUUAAAAUUUCUAUCAAUUUGAUUCAUUCACCAUCUUCCCUAAAAUCUUUUCAAAUUUUGUCUUGUUACUUUCUCUUUUUAAUUGGGUGGAGGGCUUGUUAGUUCUGGAGUUUUAAUCUUGAAUAUAGAUUUGUAGAUUAUUCUCUCUGUCUCGGAUAAUAAUUAGUUAUUGUUUUGCCAAUUUACUUUUUCUAAUUUUGAGGAUCUUAAUCUGUUUACGUGUUCAUUUUUUCAUUCUUUCGCUGCUGAUUAAUUUGGAUUUUUCACUUAAAAAAUAUUUUUGCUUAAUCCAUUGUUUCUUAUUAAAAAAAAAAACUGCUUAAUACAUUAUCCAGACUAUUCAUCGCGAGGGUGUUAAACUAGUCUACUGUACGAUCGCGCAUGGUCAAAAUAAUUUAUAAUAAAGCUACUGGGAUUCUUGACCUGAUUGUGGAGACUUUGUUAUCUGGGGUCGAACAGUUGGUCAGAAUGGUUUUUAUAUGAAGUGCUGUUUUUCAUAUUAAUGAUAUAUUCGUGUUUCCAUGUACCUAUUUGUACCAAAUAAUUGAGUUUUCGGAGGUCUUAUUCUGGCAUCUUCAUAAAAUCUGCAUAUUACUCUGUCAAGUACAUGUUGAGUUUCUUCAGAUUCAUGGCUUUUGAUCCAGGGGACUCGUCCCAUAAUCAAGUCGCACAUGAAAGCAGUUACAGUAUGCUAACUGCAUGGCAGUGUGACUUUUAUGCUGGUUAUGGUUAUGAUGUGAUAGAAGAAGAUGCUUUGAAUGAGAAAUCUUGUAUUCAAGUGCUAAGGAUGUUGAAAACAAGGGCAGACACUGAAAUUGAUGAACUUGAGCAAGAUCUUGUAUUACUUCAAAGUGAACUAGCCUGUGCUGAGCACGAAGAAUGGUCUGAAUUAUGUUGUAAUGCUUUGAGAGAAAAGAUUAAUUGCCUUGAUAUUUCAUUAGGGAGUUUGAGGAACACUGAUGAGAGUGAUAUUGAGGUUCAGUUGCUAAUGCAUGUAGAACCCGCUGAAAGAGUACAUGAAAUCGUGAGGGCUCUACUUAUAAAUUAUUUUCCAGAAAAUAAUGAGCAGGUUGUUUGUUACUUCCAUGCCGAACAGCCUCUGCAUGCUAUUGCCUUGGACUCCAGCUCAAAUGUUACAGAACAUGCCACUUACCUAUUGGAUGAGAAUGAGAUGUUUAGCAUCAUUGAUUCAAAUAUCAGUGUAAAGGAGGAAACCAAGGAAUCCAGUAUUACCGAAACGUGCACUGGCUCAAAUUUGUCUUUGAAACUUCAAGAGAAGAAAACAAAUGAUCCAGAGAUAAUUAAGCCUGAAAAUACCAAGGCCAAAGAUUCCAAUGUUGAUUCUUUAAGACUUGCAGCUGGCCACCACAACGGGAAGCAAAUGUUGGAGAAGAAUGAUGUAAGAAGUUCUCAGAAGGGGGAGGCCAAAGAGCACUCUUCCACUCCCAACAACACAGCUAGUCAAGAUUUGUCUUUGAAGCCUGAAAGGAAGAGGAAAUAUAACCCUGAAAUGAUUAAGCCAGCAGACACUAAAAUCAAAAAUUCAUGUAAAGAUGCUUUGCCACUUGUUGGCCAAUCCAAUAAGAAAAUUUUGGGCGACUCUGAUCUGAGAACCACAAGUGAGGAGAUUGAAGAACACAAUUCCACUCAAACGGUGCGUGAUUCUAUUUUGGGCUCAUCAUCCAAGCUUGAGGGAAAUAGAACAGAUCAUGGUAAAGAGGUCAAGCCUGCAAAAACUAUCGGGAAAGAUUCCAGCUCUGAUGCUAUCAGGAAUGCAGCUGGCUGCUCCCCUGGCAAAUUUGAGUUGAAUGUAGGUGGAAACCUGGAAGUUAGAGAAGACAAUUCUAAUGCUAUGCACAAAAUCAAAAUAUUAAAUUCAUCUUCAAAUCCUGAAAGCAAGGGAGGAAAUCUUCCAAAAACAGCUAAGCCUGCAAACGCCAUCGGUAAAAGCAGUAGCGCUGAGGCACUGAGGCCGGCUACUGGCCUCAAUAGAAGGAAAAAAGGCUUCGGUUCUGAAUCAGGUGCUUUCAGACAGGCAGAAAGUGCAAAGUCUGAUUUAGAGCUAAAACUAAGUGAAUUUGCUGUGAAAAUUGCACGCAGAGAGUGCAUCAAAGGGUUAAAGAAUGCUCCUACUGACAAGAUUGAGUCUCCAGAUUCAUCUUCGAGGACAGAAUGCGAGAGGAAAACUCCACAAAGAGUGAUGGUACAAGAAACUGGUUUUAUUAAAACUGGAGAUCCAUCAACUUCACUUUUAGAUUUGAAAGAUCAAAGGAGACAAGAAACAACGAAGCUGCAGCUGAUGGAGAGGAACUCGCUAGCGGGAGAUGUUCCUAAGGCAGAAGCUGCUAGUGAUGGCAAGAAGUCAAUUUUUAAUUUUUCUUUGAAGCUACCAAAGCAGAAGGAAAAGAGGAAGAUUGGGUCAGAUACACCACAGGUCCAAGAACGAGCUUUCCCUGCAAUUGGAGUUCUUUCAAAUUCUUCUAUCGGAAGAUCCAAGAGCAAACAAAAAUUUGAAGUCAGCACCAGUGAUCAUUCUUUGAAUGUGGAGGCCGCAAAGAGAUUAGGUCAGCGAGGCCAGUACGAAGCUAAAGAGAACAGUGUUGCUCCUGUUGACUGCAAAAGUUCAGUUUUAGUGUCUCAGAGGAAAGGAAAGAGAACUUCAAAAUUGCCAAUCACGGAAAAGAUCAAAGAUUCAACUCAUGUUAAGAUGGACCUCUUAAAUUUGCCCGAUAAUGCAACUGACAAUGGAAGUGAGGAAAAUCUUCAGAUCAUCAAGUCCUACUCUGAUGAUUCCAGUGCUAAGGCUUUGGUUCCGCUGCCUUGUAAAGUGCUGAACUUGAAGGAUUUGACAUUAAUUGACCUGAGAGCCAUUGCAAAGAAAAACAAAUUGACAAAAUAUCAUAAGCUUCGGAAACAUGUGCUGCUUGAACUAUUAGCAGACCGACUGGGAUGUUGCUGAAUAUACAAGCGGGUGUACAUAUUUUCUUGUUCUGUUGUUUUCUUACAUAUACAUACAGUUGGGGAUGGUCGGAUAUCUCACGGAUCUUGAAUGGAUCCAUUGUUCUACAUAACGAGCACUCAAGAGAAGGUUAUAAGAAAAAAAGGAAGGACUUAGAAAUUUCUGUUUCAUAUCCUACCAUCAUUUUAGUUCUGAUAAUGAUGAUCAUAUAUUUCAUCUGUACUCAUAGGAUGUCGAUAUCAGAUUGCUAUCAAUCUUUUUGCAGAAUUGCUAUAGUACGUGAGU